UCUCGCAGAUUUAAAUGGGAAGGGAACUAGGAGUGGAGGCAAUCCUCCUUUCUUUCAGCUGGAGUGCUCCUACGAGCCAGUCUCACCCUCAGAAAAGAUGUUUUCCAUGAGAAUCUUCUGCCUGGUCCUGAGUGUGGUGGGCACAAUUGGGACAAAGACCGAGGAAGGUGAAUUUAUAAGUGAAGGAGCAGGUGUGCGUGGCCCACGAGUUGUGGAAAGACAGCAAUCUGCCUGCAAAGAGACGGACUGGCCCUUCUGCUCUGAUGAAGACUGGAACUAUAAAUGCCCUUCUGGCUGCAGGAUGAAAGGGUUGAUUGAUGAAGUCAAUCAAGAUUUUACAAACAGAAUAAAUAAGCUCAAAAAUUCACUAUUUGAUUAUCAGAAGCACCAUAAGGACUCCAAUUCAUUGAUCAGGAAUAUAAUGGAAGUUUUGAGAGGGGAUUUUGCUGAUGCUGGCAACAGAGAUAAUACAUUUAACCAAGUGUCAAAAGAUUUGCGAAGCAAAAUUGAGAUCCUGAAGCGCAAAGUCAUAGAACAAGUACAGCAUAUCAACCUUCUGCAGAAAAAUGUCAAGGCUCAGCUGAUAGAUAUGAAACAACUGGAGGUGGACAUUGAUAUUAAGAUCCGCUCUUGCCGAGGGUCAUGCAGUAGGGCUUUAACACGUCAGAUAGAUCUAAAGGACUAUGAAGAUCAGCAGAAGCAACUUGAACAGGUCAUUGCCAGAGACUUACUUCCCUCUAAAGAUAGGCAAUACUUACCACGGCUAAAAGUGAGCCCGCUUCCAGACUUGUUUCCUGCAGAUUUCAAGAGUCAGCUACAGACGGCCCCUCCAGAAUGGACCGCACUAACGGAAAUUCAGCAGAUGAAAAUGGAGUUAGAGACAGCUGGUAGAGUUGGGAAGCCCCAAGUAGACCCUGUACCUCAUGGGACAGGAUCAGUGCCUGAAAGCCCCAGGCACCCUGGAUCUGGCAGUGCCAGCACUUGGACCUCUGGGAGCUAUGGACCUGGUAGUGCAAGCACUUGGAACCCUGGGAGCUCUCAACCUGGUAGCAGUGGCCCUUGGACCUCUGGGAGCUCUGGACUUGGUAGUGCUAGCACUUGGAACCCCGGGAGCUCUGAACCUGGUAGCGAUGGCCCUCGGAAGCCUGGGAGCUCUGGAACUCUAAGUGCCAGCAUUUGGACCUCUGGGAGCUCUGGACCUGGUAGUGCUAGCACUUGGAACCCUGGGAGCUCUGAACCUGGUAGCGAUGGCCCUCGGAAGCCUGGGAGCUCUGGAACUCUAAGUGCCAGCAUUUGGAUCUCUGGGAGCUCUGGACCUGGUAGUGCUAGCACUCGGCACCCUGGGAGCUCUGAACCUGGUAGCGAUGGCCUUCAGAAGGCUGGAAGCUCUGGAACUGGAAGUGCUAGCAAGUGGAUCGCUGGGAGCUCUGGAACUGGAAGUGGUAGCAUUUGGAGCUCUGGAAGUUCUCAGCCUACACGUGUUAGGCCAGAUAGCUCAGGGCAUGGGAACACCAGGCCUAUCAACCCAGACUGGGGUACAUUUGAAGAGGUGUCAGGAAGUGUAAGUCCAGGUACAAAGAAAGAGUACCACACAAGUAAAUUGGUCACUUCUAAAGGAGAUAAAGAGCUUCUGAUUGGUGGUGAGAAGGUCACCUCUGGCAGUACAACCACCACUCGCCGUUCAUGCUCUAAAACAGUUACUAAGACUGUUAUAGGUCCUGAUGGUCGCAAAGAAGUUACCAAAGAAGUAGUAAACUCAGAAGAUGGUUCUGACUGUGGUGAUGCAGUCGAGUUAGACUUGUUCCGUACUUUCCCUGGCGAGGGUAGCCUAGAUGGUUUAUUUCAUGGGCACCCUGAUGACGCUGCUUUCUUUGACUCCUUUAGCAGUAAGACCCAGUCUAUGGGUUCAGGAUCUGACGGCUUCACGGACUCUCAUCACUUUGGUGUACCUGAGUAUCCUUCAAGUGGUAAAAGUUCAAGUCACAGCAAACAAUUUGUGACCAGUAGCACAACGUUCAACAGAGGAGGCUCUACAAGUAAGAGCUUUAAAAUGGCAGAUGAGGCGGGAAGCGAAGCAGAUCCUGAAGACCCCAGAGGAGCAUAUGCCACCAAGGGAAGCCAUGUUAAAGUUCGCUCUGCAAGAGACUGUGAUGAUGUCCUCCAAACACAUCCUUCAGGUGCCCAAAGUGGCAUUUUCAAUAUCAAGCUACCGGGAUCCAGUAAGAUUUUUUCUGUUUAUUGCGAUCAAGAGACCGGUUUGGGAGGAUGGCUUUUGAUCCAGCAAAGAAUGGAUGGAUCACUGAAUUUUAACCGGACCUGGCAAGACUACAAGAGAGGUUUCGGCAGCCUGAAUGACAAGGGGGAAGGAGAAUUCUGGCUAGGCAAUGAAUACCUCCAUUUACUAACCCUGAGGGACUCUGUCCUUCGGGUUGAAUUAGAGGACUGGGCUGGGAACCGGACUUAUGCAGAAUAUCACUUCCGGGUAGGCUCUGAGGCCGAAGGCUACGCCCUGCAAGUCUCCUCAUAUGAGGGCACGGCGGGCGAUGCUCUGAUUGAGGGUUCUGUAGAGGAAGGCGCAGAGUACACUUCUCAUGCCGGCAUGGAGUUCAGCACCUUUGACAGGGAUGCAGACAAGUGGGAAGAGAACUGUGCGGAAGUCUACGGAGGAGGCUGGUGGUACAACAACUGCCAAGCGGCCAACCUCAAUGGCAUCUACUACCGUGGGGGCUCCUAUGACCCGAGGAACAACAGUCCUUAUGAGAUUGAGAAUGGAGUGGUCUGGGUCCCCUUCAGGGGUGCCGAUUAUUCCCUCAGAGCUGUUCGCAUGAAAAUCAGGCCCCUGGGGAACGAACAGGCUAAAAGAGGCGAUGUGAGAGCACCGCUUUCUCUGUUUAGUGAAGUGGAGAAAAAAUAAGGAGGAUGAAGGAGUCAAGAUUAUUUAUAACCUACUUAAAAAUUCCCAGGUGCUAUUUUACUAUUCUUUGUACUGUAGCUCAAUGUAACUGAGACAUAUUAGUGCUUUAAAAAAUAAAGUUUUAUGAGUUUUUUAAUCUUUA